UGCCAAUUAAACUUUGAUUAUUCAUGUUCCCGUGCCUGGGAAGGAACUCUGAGGCUAGUCAGUUAGCUAGCGUUUUAUUUAAAAACAUAAAUCGCCUUUUUAAGCGGGAGGAGUAUGGCCUAGUGAUCACAUUCUCUGGGCGUUGACAAAGUUAACCAUUCUGGGCAAAAUAGAAUAUUACACAUUUAGUUGGGUCAAUUAGAACGACACAAAAGCUCUGAAUUUUUCGGCCCUGAUGCCAAACCCGCUUGACAAGAGAGCGGACAGAUAUUCCGACUGACCGAGGCUGAAUACGGAUAUGAAAAGAGGUAUUAUUGGGCCUACGAAUACUUUUUCUGUCAAAAUCGUCAGACGCUACAAAAAACUCCGCAAAACGUUAAAGGUAUGUUACCAGCAAUAAUGUCCCAAAUAUGUUACUCAUUUAUUUACUGCGUCUAUAGAUCAGUUUAAUACAAUAGCUGAAUAUUUUCCAAUCGCAAUAUUACAAGCAAACGCAACGUUAACUAGCUCGCCAUACAGAUAUAUGCAGCUAUGCUUCUGCAAAAUGAGACCGCGACUGCCGCCCGGCUCCGUUAACAAAUUCUGGGCUGUUUGCUGUUCUCUCUCGUGUGGAAAAUGCAAUGGCGUAACUAGCUAGGUAAAUCGAGUUGUUUUUCUUCGGUUUACAUUCGUGCGCAAACACCGACCAAAUGGAUGCUUAUUGAUUGCGCACGCUGUGGAUGAUUUUGAAUAUGCAUGUCACCAAUAGUGUAAUCUUGGGGAACACCGAUCGUAAAUCAACCCAAACCAAUAUGAUUGACAUGUUCUGAAAGGAGUAACGUUAAGAGCAUUACUAGACAUUAGUGCUCACCCGGUAGAAUGUUUUGAAAAAUAGCCUGAUGUACUCGGACGCACCAGUUUAAAUUUUGUUCUGUCUCCCUAUAAUACUUAUAAAUAACAACCUGGACUCAGUGGAAGACGGAAUAUAGUACAUUUAACGUGUUUCCCUCCAUUUAGUAUGAUAUGUUUCGUAUGUCAUCAGAAGAGGACUGAAGACUCAUGGAGACACCCCCACUACGAUACAAAACUGAAUCCCUACACAAGAGCCAGGAUGAGUGAGGCGUGGCAGCAGCAUGCUGUUGCUCCCCCUCCAGUGGUGCACACCAUACCACCGGGGGGUGGAGAAUGCGUUGGGCUGCGCCGUCUAUGGUAUUGUCCUGCAGCCUGACCCUGCUCUGCAGCAGCAGCAGCACCAGCAUGGCCAGCAGCACAGCCAGCAGCACAGCCAGCAGCAACACCCUACCCAGGUACAGCAGCCCUCUCUGCAGGUAGGGGGCGAGGGCGGUCACAAGUGUGGAGCAUGCGGCCACGACAUCUCCCACCUGGCCAACCCACAUGAGCACCAGUGUAUGGUGAGCCAGGACCGCUCCUUCCAAUGCACCCAGUGCAUGAAGAUCUUCCACCAGGCCACUGAUCUGCUGGAGCACCAGUGUGUGCAGGUGGAGCAGAAGCCCUUUGUGUGUGGUGUGUGUAAGAUGGGCUUCUCCCUGCUCACCUCGCUGGCACAGCACCACACCUCGCACAACAGCACCAACCCCAUGAAAUGCUCCAUCUGUGAGAAGACCUACCGACCGGGCUCCUCUGGGAACACCACACCUUCCUCCUCUGCCACCAACCCUCAGCAGCCAUCUGCUGAUGGAGCCUCUUCCAGUGGGAGUGUGGCAGUGGGAUCCUCUUCCUCAAUUACAUUUCCAUCGGCCCGUGACAGGCCCUACAAGUGUUCCGUCUGUCAGAAGGGUUUCAGGCACCUGUCAGAGCUGGCCCGCCACGAGCGUGUGCACACUGGAGAGAAGCCUUUCAAGUGUGACACGUGUGACAAGAGCUUCAGCCAGUCCUCUCACCUGGCCCAUCACCAGCGCACCCACAGCUCUGAGCGCCCAUACAAAUGUGCUGUGUGUGACAAGAGCUUCAAGCACCGCUCCCACCUGGUGCGCCACAUGUACGCCCAUUCCGGAGAGCAUCUGUUUAAGUGCAACCUGUGUGAACUGCACUUCAAGGAGUCUUCGGAGCUGCUGCAUCAUCCAUGCCACCCACAAGGGGCACGCCCCUUCCGCUGUGCAACCUGUGGAAAGGGCUUCAAGCGUCCAUCAGACCUGCGGCAGCAUGAGCGCACUCACUCUGAGGAGCGUCCCUUCCACUGUGAGGAGUGCCAGAUGAGUUUCAAACAGCAGUAUGCCCUGGUGCGCCACAGGCGCACGCACAAAAACCCAUCUGACCGCCCCUUCAAGUGCAACCUUUGUGACAAAGGCUUCUUGCAGCCAUCCCAUCUGCUGUACCACCAGCACGUCCACGGCAUGGAGAACCUGUUCAAGUGUGCAUCCUGCCAGAAGGAAUUCAGUCAGUCAGGAGAGCUGCUGCGCCACAAAUGCGGUGAGUCGUCCUCUUCAUCUAGGGAGACAGACAAGCCUUACAAAUGUGAUGUGUGCGGCAAGGGAUACAAGAAGAGUUCGACACUGCAGCGACAUCAGAACUCGCACUGUCAAGAGAAGCCCCUAAAGUGCUCCCUAUGUGACCGCCGCUUCCUGUCAUCCUCAGAGUUUGUGCAGCACCGCUGCGACCCGUCCCGAGAGAAGCCCUUAAAGUGUCCUGAAUGCGAGAAGCGCUUCAAGUACUCGUCUGACCUGAAUAGGCACAAGCGUGUCCACACCGGGGAGAAGCCCUAUAAGUGUGCUAGCUGUGAUAAAGGCUUCAAGCAACGGGAGCACCUGGCCAAGCAUCAGAGUGUGCAUUCCAGAGAUGCCCAGUUCAAGUGUGUUUGGUGUGGAGAGCGCUUUGGAGACCUGGGAGCUUUGCAGGAGCACACAGUCCAGCACACAGCUGAAGGAGGGGGUUACCCUGUGCCACCUUGCAUAUAGUCACGCCCCUCCGCUCUGUACAAGUUCAUAGCAAACGUCCCUGUCUACCAUUAAUUUGCAGCACCCAGCUUAACACACUUGAACUGGGCAUCUCUGGAGUGCACACUCUGGUGCUUUCCAGAGAUACCCAGUUCAAAUGCUUUGGAGACCUGGGAGCCUUGCAGGAGCACACAGUCCAGCACAAAUCUAAAGGGAGGGUUACCCGAUGGUAGGUUACUCUGUGCCACUUCUUAUCCAGUCCAUAGCAAAUGUCCCUGCCUACUCUUAAUUUGUCCCCAGCAUAUACAAUCCAUACCCUCACUUCCCAUCUGAAAACUGAUACCAGUCCACUUCCCCACCCUAAGAAACCCAUACAAUUUAUAAUUGUUAAAAACAAAAAAUAGAAGUCACUGCCAAGUGUCACUGCUUUAGUGCUACUGUCUGAAGGACAGAGGAGACACCAACAAGAAUAUGUCUUUCACUUCAAACACUAGGGUGGAUGUUCUAGCCCAGGUCAUUUACUCUUAUCUAUCCUUAGCUUCUUGAAUCAACUUCCUUGCAAGUGGGGGAAAAAAUAAAUGUAAAUCACCACAUUCGCCUACAUUUCUGUCUAUGAAAAGCUUUGCAUUUGUACAUAAAUUACCUUUUAGAUUAAAAAGAAAAAAGGCGAUGUGGACCAGUUCCCCUUGUGAUGACCUGCUUGACUGGUGUGUUGCACCAUGACCCAGAACUAUUCUCUUGCCAACAGUGGUUGUCACUCUAGAAUGCAUCUACAGAGAUCCUGCAUGCAUUAAAUGUUCCAUUCUCUUACCCAGGAUACUCAAGACUUUUAUGAUUGCUAAGUUUCAGCAGCUGCUACAGUCUACUGAUGGCCUCUUGCUUUUUUUAUUUUGGAAACAAUGACGCUGUAUCAACUCUGAUAUAAAAUGUUUUGUUUGGUGGGUGGAGGGUUGAAAUGAUUGUGUAUUGGUUACUUUUCCACAACCUAAUCACUGUAGUAGCAGUGUAUGCAUAUCAGGAAAUGGAACCGGUUCAGGGAACAGAACCAGAAAUAUCACUAAAACAAAAAUGAUGAUCAGUACUGGGAACGGAAGUGAUCUAUACUGUUCUUGAACAGAACCGUUAUUUUAAAAGCACGGGAACCGGGUAAUGUUAUUUUACAUUCCAGCUAUUUUUUUUUUUUUUACAGUCCCACAAACGCAACAAUGCGCCUAUGCAAAGCCCUCACUCUGUCACUCAGAUAAUCUUUGUGUGUGUAGUUUACCUGUCCCUCCCCCUCCGAAGCACUGUAGCCUACUGACGUUACAUGCGUGAUUCAGAAAUGUAGAGAUGUUUUAUUAGAGAAGAAUGGAUUAACUUUAUCAAUGCUGGUUAACUAUGGUAUCCUUAUCACGUUUCUCAUAGGAUUUAUUAACUACAAAAAGGUAAGAUGUUUUUUAUUUGAAUUCUGAUGCCGCUCUGCACACACAAGUUUGUUAGCUAGCUCUCGUCCAACUUUAAGCCAACUCUUUUCAAGUUCAAAGACAUUCAAAGUUCCUUCAUAUAAGCCGCUCCUCCGUAGGUAUCAUUCUGUGGGCCUAGUUCAGAUAAUGCAUGUCAUCACAAGAUGCCCAGCACUUCAAGCCUCCUCCUCCCACCUCUCCAUCUUUCCCCACCUGAAAAUUUCAAUUGCAUCUCGCGCCCUACACUUGUUUACACAUGCAGUAGAUGUCAGACAACUAUUGCUUGCCCGUGCCAUAGCAAGCUGCUCUAUCCUCACUGAUUGGUUAAGUAAUUUAAUGUUGAGCUAAAUAUAGCGGUUUAAAAAGGAAUGAUAUAAAUCAUUACUUUCUUGGGUCGAACCGGUUCAGAACAUUAAUUUGGCUGGUGGGAACAGUGCAACAUAAUGUAAAAAAUAAUGGUUCUGUUCUUCAGAAUGAAACAAUUGGAAAAUAAUUUUGGUUCCAACCUCUGACGCAUAUACAAUAAAAUCAUACACCUCUUUGCUUAAGUAUUUUUAUGAUUUUUUUUUUUAUGGACACGAAUCAACUCUAACUAGAAGUGGUUUAUUUUUAGAAAUUGUUUUUGUGCUAUUGUGAAACAUUUUGUAAUAUAUGUGGACGUAUAUGUGGCCAUCAUUGUGGCAACUAUAGUUUGUACCAAAACACCAUUGUACUGCAGCAAAUCCCAAAGGUGUGGAGAUUAACAAGCUGAAGUAUCAAGACAUCUCACUGGUAUAUAGAAAUAUAUAUUUCACACAUAUACAGUUCAUAUUCCUAGAGAUCCAUGAAGAGUAUCUGUGCUGAACAUGUCUAAAACCUGAUCAAGCUUCCUCUUACAGUAGAAUAUGUAUGUGACUAUGUUUACCAGUUUGGUUACAGAAGUUGCAUAACUAUUGUUUCUAAAACUGCAUUGGCUGUUUUGUAUGUUACAACUUUUUAUCAUAUGAGGACUUUUAAUUGUUUUUCAUAUUUUCAAGUCAUUGUUAUGAUAGUGCUAUAUGUUGCAAGUUUCCAAGGAGAACAUUCUGUCUCUAAGCCCUACAAGGAUUCUGACCCCUGGUGCUCCUUUGUGUUUCUUUGAUGAAUGAUUGUUGAAUCAUGUCUGUGAAAAUGGAAUCCUGGCUGUGAAGUGGAUUGUAUAAAACAUACAUCUGGUGUAGAAUUUUGUCAGGUCUGUAUAGUUUAACCCCAGUUAUGUCAAACUUAUCUGCAGUAGAUUUGUGCAGAUCAUUUUAACUUCUGGAUUUUAUAGCCUUAUUUUUUUUUUAUAGCAUCCUUACCAAAAUGGGCUGCUUAAGCUUGAUUGCAAAAGUUAUGGAUUGACUCUUUUUAUAGUCUGGUAAGACAACUAAUAAGGCAAAAAUCUGUGUGAACUUUGAGGGCAAAUCAAUGUGGCUCAGUGUUUUUUUAGUGUGGGGGGGGUCUUUUUUUCAAAGGAAGUAUUUCAAGGGGAUGUAUUUGGUUGUGGUUUGAGUGCAGUAUUGAGAAACUAUUUUAUAAGGUAAUGCUAACUUUGAGGAAGGUUUUUUUUUAUAGUCAGUUUCAGUAGACUGUUAAACUGGGGUCAGGGUUAUUUAGAAACUCAUUCUACUCCAGAACUGACUGCCUCAAUGUUGUUGCUCUGUUUCUUGUACUGUGCUGUGUUUUUUGUUUCCUCCAUCGUCACCUGAGGUGGGCUAACAGUUUGUCAUUUGUCUGUCGUCAUUCGUCUUUCAUCUGGCAUUAAGACCACAUCAAAAAGCAGUUGCGACUUGAAUUAAAAAGAAAAGUACUGUAUGUUUAGUUUAUAUACAUUUAAAAAAUAUAUUUUAAUCUAUAUGAAUAUUUCCAUUCUUGGGAGGAGGUAACAGGGUCUUUUAGGAUGUAAUGGGAGGAGAUGUUUGAUUGAUAGAAGGGUCAUUAGGACUGUGAUUGACAUGACUUUUCAUCCGGUGUAGUGUAUAACAGUUAGCCCCAAUUGACCCUGCUUUCUCUGUUUUGUGCAUGCCUGCUGUGUUAGUUCCUGUAAUCUUCCCUAGGUAUUAGUGUUUCAGAUGGCACUUAUUCCACAUAGCUUUUUUCAAAUUGUUAUGUGAAAAAAUAUUUGUGACAAUGUACAGUAUGUGUACAUUCAUGCUAAAAUAUCUGUAUGUAGCAUUCAUUACACACAGCACUAACAAAUAAACUUUUUAUAAAGGG